AUAAUCCUUGUUCUUAGUGAACGGGCAAAGUGCCAAAGCCGGUAUAACAAAUGCAAUAAUUUCUGAUUGACUUUUGCUUAUAGCUUGAAAAAAAAAUUGUUAAUUAUAAUAAUUUAUGACAUACAAGUGAAAAACAAAAUUAUAAUAAAAAUUAUUUCAAGAAACAACUUUUUAACAUUAAUAAUGUCAUAUUAUAAUAAGCAGUAAUACAGUAAACGUUUCAUAAAAGAGAAAUCAGGUGAAAAGUGAAAAGUCUUCCGCUCACAUUAUUUGACAUAGCUGUCUUCUUUCUAUUCAAUAUUAUUUCAAAUUUAAACAAGGGCCAAGCAAAACAAUUUUAAAAAAUGUCUACAAUCACCUGUAUUGCGCCUGUUAAUAUUGCUGUUAUUAAAUACUGGGGAAAACGAGACGAGAAUUUGAUUCUGCCUAUAAAUGACUCGAUUAGUGCAACAUUAGACACAGAGCAGUUAUGUGCAAAGACAACGAUAAUGGCUAGUCCUGAUUUUAAAAAAGAUCAAAUUUGGCUCAAUGGAAAGGAAGAAACGAUAAACAAACGGCUACAAAAUUGUUUACAAGAAAUGAAGAAACGUGCCCAAGUUGAAAAUGAUGUAUUGCAAUGGAAAAUUCACAUUUGUUCAGAAAAUAACUUCCCAACUGCUGCUGGAUUAGCUUCAAGUGCUGCUGGUUAUGCAUGUUUCGCAACCGCUUUGGCCAAACUGUACAAAGUAGAGGGUGAUGUCAGUGCAGUUGCCCGAGCAGGAUCAGGAUCUGCCUGUCGAAGUACAAUGGGAGGAUUUGUGAGAUGGCACAUGGGUUCUGAUCCAAAAGGAAGUGACAGCACAGCCAGACAAAUUGCCCCAGCUGAUCAUUGGCCAGAAAUGAGAAUCCUUAUUCUAGUCGUGAAAGACGACAGGAAAAAAGUCUCAAGUGCCGAAGGAAUGAAGAGAAGUGUCGAGACUUCCGAAUUAUUAAAAUACAGGGCGGAAUGUAUUGUUCCAAAAGUAGCGAAACAAAUGGAGAAGGUAAUUUUAGAAAAGAAUUUUGAACAAUUUGCAUUAUUGACAAUGAAGGAUUCGAAUCAAUUUCAUGCAAUUUGUCGGGAUACAUAUCCACCUUGUGCCUAUAUGAACGACAUUUCUCAAUUAGCCAUUGAAUUGGUUCACGCCUACAAUUCUGCUGUCAACGAAACUAGGGUGGCUUACACAUUUGAUGCUGGUCCAAAUCCAACGUUAUAUUUGCUUCAAAAAGACGUCCCUGAAUUUAGUGCAAUUUUGAAUCACUAUUUUCCACCUCCAAAUGAUGCAGACGUUGAAUACAAGAAAGGGAUUCCAGUCUCAGCUGUCAAACUUUCAGAGGACCUGUUGAAAAAAAUGACUGUUAAACCACAAUUGCCAGGACUUUUUAAGUACACGAUACACACACGUGUAGGAGAAGGUCCAAAAAUUCUAAAAAAUGAGGAAAAUCACCUUUUGAAUAAUCACGGUCUUCCAAUAAAGGGUUUUAAAACAGAUUAAUACUGUUAUAAAUCAAAAUGAUUAUUAGGGAAAUUAAAACAAUUAUUUUUACACUAUUCAAGGUUUUAUGCGGUGAUAUAUGACAAUAAUAUUAUACAAGAUUGGUAAAAAGUCUAAGAAAUAAAUAUUUUUUCUACAUAAA